AUGUAUUUAAAGAAAUGUUUUGUAGAACAUGUAGAUAAUCCCGAGUCUCCACCAGCUGGUCACGGUCUGAGCUGGGUCCGGAAACCAGCAGCAGUACCCACAUCUUCCUUUAACAUCUCAAUUCCAAUAAUACCACCUUUGAAAAUCCCGACCUACUACGUACGUACCAAUUCUCACCCCAGAGAAGCUGUUAAUGUGCUUACCGCCAAUAAAAAGACUGGGCUCGUGUCUUCUAUUUUCGUUACUGCCUCAGACUUAUCGCCAUUUGCUCACGAUCAUACUGACAUGCAUAGGAUGACACGAAUAGAGCAAGAGUAAGCCGGGAUUUCUGAUGCAAAGCAUGUCAGAAUCUUCAACGAGCCAAUAGUUAUCCACCUCAAGACAACCCAAAGUAGAGAACACUUCCGAUAACAAGAACAGCGCAGCACCUACCAGAGCCGAAGGGUCGCCUAUCUGGUAA